AUGGCGCCAGCAACAAGACUUAGCCUACUCCUCCCGUUACGGCAUCUGGCUGUUACUGCUGCUGCUACUGCUUCCGCCGCUCGGGCCUCAGCCUCUCCGUCCUCGUCAUUAACCGCCAGGGCAUUUGCGAUCCGCGCACUGCACAGCAACAGCGCCAAGCCAGCCAAUGUGGUCCCCGUAUACGGCACAGGCCCGCCGCCAGAGCCGCCACAGCCAACGAUCGAUUACUACGGGCCAGAGCAUCGGAUUGCGCGGCGCAAGCGUCAGGCUGAGUUGCUGCGGCAGGCGACGGGGUUGAGCCCGUCCAGUAGCUACCGGGGCAAGACGGUGCGGAAGAGGUUUUGGAAGGACGUUCAUGUACGAGAGGUAAAUGGCGCCUAUGAAAUCCACCUCGACACCCGUCCCCUGCGCCAUCCACACACAAAAUCUGUCAUCCGCCUGCCUCUUAGCAAACCCAACCUCGCCCACUCCCUCGCUGUAGAAUGGGACUCGCUCCUCUCAGCCCAACAUGCAACCAAGCAGCACCUGAUCCCCCUAACCGCCCUGACUUGCCGCGCCCUCGACAUCGCUGCCGACGACGCCAGCCCCGCGGGGCCGACCAUCCGCCCACAGGUGAUCUCCCUGCUCCUACGCUACCUCGACACAGACUCGCUUCUGUGCUGGGUCCCCCGUCCGGGUGCCCUCAACGUCUCGGAGGCGCCUGAGGAAGAGGGCAAGGAGAACAACGGCCAGCCGACAUGCCUGCACGAUCUGCAGGAACAGACAUACCAGCGUGUGACAGGGUACCUGACUUCGCGGUUGUGGCCAGGCACAGAGAUUGUGCCUGUGCUAGAUGGUGCGUCAAUUUUACCGCGUCAUCAGCCGCCCGGCACACGAGAGGUUGUGAAAGGUUGGAUUGCUGGUCUCUCUGCCUUUGAACUGGCUGGGCUGGAGCGGGCGACGCUCGCGGGUAAGAGUCUGCUGGCUGCCGCCAGGCUGGUGGCAGAAUGGAGUGAGGAAUCGCCAUUUCGGUGGCAGGGAAUUGUGAAUGCUAGCCAGGAAGAUGCCGAGUUCUUUGGAGUGGAGGAAUGCGCAAAGGCUGUGAACCUUGAGGUGGACUGGCAGACGAGGAAUUGGGGCGAGGUGGAGGACACCCACGAUGUAGAGAAGGAGGAGCUGCGCAGGCAGCUGGCCAGUGUAGUGCUACUUGUCUCUGGGACAGGGAGGAGUUGA